UAUUUUAAAUAUCUUUAUUUUUAAGUUGUUAGUUUGGGGGUUUCUUUAUAGCUUUGGAAACUUACUCAGUCUAAUUGUAAUGGAGAAAAUUUGAGUACAAGAAAGAGAGAAAUAAUGAUUCAAUAUUCUGAACCAGACGACUAUUUCAGCCAAACAUUCUGUAAGCAAGCUUGUUUGAACUUUGAAUUAUGAAACAACCUUGGGCAAUAUUGCCUUUGACAAAGUCCAUAAAAUUCAUACAAUAUUUCAUAUUCCCCAAACGAAUGUUGGAAACUGCCAAACAAUCCUUUUUAUUUUAAUGUAAAGAGAUGCCAAAUCGCUUUCAUGCAAUUUUAAAGACUGGCCCCUCCUCUCUUAUUAUAUAGUGCUCAAUCCCCUCCUUUAUAAUCCUUCUAAACCAAUCCUGUUUUUUCUUCAUAGUUGUAUAGUUUUCAAGCAAUAUGAGCACGAAGGGCAGCAAAGAAAGCAAAUUAAGCAGAUAUCUAAAGGCACCCAUCAGGGUUCUGGUCAAGGCUAGGGAUUUCUACAUGAAAAGCAUGACAGAGUACUCGGACAGGCUUGGCUAUGGCACGGUCAUGGGGUGCCCUACAGGCCAAGUUAAUACUUUGCCUAGGAGCUAUAGUGUCGGCUCAACGAAAUCGGGCGACGGUGAUGAUGACUUGAAGGAACUUAUGAGGGUUGCUUCCACAAGGAGUUUAGGCAACAAGGUUAAGUUGGACCUUCUUAAAAGACAACAGGCAAGGCAGUCUCCGAACACUACUGUGACAAAUAAUUUGCCUAGAAGUCGCAGUGUUGGGAUUGGGAGGAUUGAUGAGGAAAAGCCUUGUGACUUUGAAGAAGAUCAUAUGAAGGUUAAGACUGAUGGUUUCCAAAGGGGCAGGAGCCAUGCUGUUACAAAGACAAAAGGUGCUUUUUUCUAAGUGAAAAUUUGUAAGGAAUUUGGAGAAGGUGUAUUGGUUGUUUCUUUAUUUUUGUCAAUCCUUAAGAGUUCAACUGGUUUUAGGACUUUACAUGUUACUACAUAUUAAUAGGUGAUAGAUAUGGUGCUUGAAAUCCCAUGUCUGUCUCACCAUGAUUUUAAUGAAAAGUGUAUGUUUCAAUCUAGUUCUGUUCUUUGACUGGUAAAUCAGGAGAUUGAAAUCUAAA